CUUCUGCUGUUAUUACCAGUAGAAGAAGAAUUCUCCAGUGAAACGGAUUGAAUGAAUCCAUACGGUUGAUAAAAACCACACAUUUAAAGCUUAAUUUAUAAGUUUUUCUGGAGUUUAUAGCUAGAAUUUGGCGUGAUAAUGUCGGGGAUACCUCCAGACACAUGGCAGCCCACCACUGUGGCUUUGGAGACGACGAUGGGCACGGUUGUGGUGGAGCUUUACUGGAGUCAUGCUCCAAAAACCUGUAAGAACUUCGCCGAACUCUCCAGAAGAGGCUACUACAACAACACGAGGUUUCACCGGAUAAUCAAAGACUUCAUGGUGCAGGGUGGAGACCCGACAGGAACAGGUCGAGGUGGUGCCUCCAUUUAUGGUAAACAGUUUGAAGAUGAGCUGCACCCGGAGCUGAAGUUCACAGGAGCAGGGAUUCUUGCGAUGGCCAACGCCGGACCGGACACCAAUGGGAGUCAGUUCUUUCUCACACUGGGACCCGCUCAGUGGUUGGAUGGGAAGCACAGUAUAUUUGGAAGAGUGUGUCAGGGGAUUGGAGUGUUGAACCGGAUCGGAUUAGUGGAAACAAACAGUCAAGAUCGUCCAGCUGAUGACAUCAAAAUUGUCAGAGCCACUGUACCCAUGUAGACACGUACAAAAAUAAUUUGUAAUUUUUUGUAUACAUUUUGAAAUAAAUAUGCGAGAAAUA